UCAAAGAUAAGGGCCGAAAGUACUCAUGUUAGGCAGUAUUUGGGAAUAAAUCAACAGUGGGAUAAACUGUAAAUCUUUGGAGCUCUGAAUUUGUUAGCUGUGUGAUCAGGGUUGCCUCUCUUCAGUCCUGAAGAAGGGUUGCACCCGAAACGUUGACUUUUCCACUUCGUGAUUCUGCCUAGCUUGCUGUGUUCUUCCAGCCUCCUGACUGUCUAUUUUGGAUUCCAACAUCUGUAGUUUUUUUGUCUCUUCAGUGCUGGUCAGUGCAUAUGUGGAUAUCAGGUGAGGACAGGUACAGCCUGUCUUUGGUACAUUGGCUGGGUAAACCCAACAAAGGAAACUGGCUGGCUGCCUGGAGGUAUGACCAAAACAAGACAGAAUAGGACCAAACUAAAAAUUUCAAGAAGGAGCCAGAAGGAGUCAUGGAUCUUGAUGUGACUGGAGACAGUAUUCAGAAAGUGAGUUCUCAAGAGUGGAACAAGGAACAAGAGGAACAAAGUGACAUUAAGCCAGAACAUGCUGACCAACCUUCAUUGCAAGGAAAACAGCAGCCUCUGAGUUUCUACAUUCUCCUGGGUCUCUCCACUCUACUGUCAACAGGAAUUCUCAUCGCUGGAGUCAUAAUGUUCACACAGAUGUUCAACGAAAUGAGGAAAUCGCAAUUGGAACUUAGCAUGAUGCAGAAUAGCAUGGCUCAGAUGUUCACCGAAAUGAAAAACUCAAAGUCUGACUUCAAAAUGGAUCGCUCCCAGAUGAAAAACAAAAUUACCCAGAUGUUCAGUGAAAUAAACAACUCCCAGACUGACAUCAAGACAGAACUGUCACGAAUGAAGGAUGACAUGAUGGAGAUGUUCAGCGAUAUCAGUAAUUCGCUGGGCCAUACCAGAUUGGAACUUUCCCAGAUGAAGACUAACAUAGCUCAGAUACCAGUGGAGACAAAGAACUCUCUGUCUGAUUUCAGGAGCAAGGUCUCACAGCUGAAGAAUAUUACACAGGUGGUCUCUGACAUAAGACACCUACAGGUUAACCUCAAGGUUGACCUUUCACAGAUGAAGAACACAAUUGCACAAGCAGUCCAGGACAUGAAAGUCUCCCAGGAGGGUGUCAAACUGGAAUUUUCACAGAUGAACAGUAACAUGACUCAGAUGGUUCAUGAAAUAAGAAACGUCCAGGCUGGUCUGCAGACAGAACUAUCACGGACAACAAAUAAAUUUAUUGGAAUGUACAAAGAUACAGGGAGUUCCCAGGCUGUUCCCCAGAUGAAGAAUAACAUGCUAGAGAUGUUCCAUGAGCUGCGAGUCUCGCUUGCUGAUUUCAGGAUGGAGCUCUUACAGAUGAAGAAUAACAUCACACAGAUGUUCAGUGAGUUGAGAAACUUUGAGGUUAUUAUGAAGGUGGAACGAAUAUAUGUGGAGAAGAAACUUUCUCGACUGUCAGAAGAAAUGCAAAACUCUCACACUGAUUUCAGGAUGAAGCUUUCACAGGUGAACAAGACUGUACAGACAUUCGAUGAAAUAAGGCAUGCACAGACUGAUUUCAAGAUGGAAUAUUGUCAGCUGAAGACAAACAUCACGUGGAUGUUCAAUGAGCUGAGGAUGGCCCAGGCUGAUUUCAAGAUGGAGCUUUCCCAAAUGAAUUAUGACAGUAGUUACAAAGAGGUUCAGCGAAAUACGAAGUGCACAGAGUUGGUGGAGAGUGGAACUCAGUCAAUUAAAGAAGGACUGUCAGUAUAGCUAAUGUGUUUCCAUGGCAAAACUAUUCAGGAACACUAUAUCACAGAAUUAUCAUGCUGCUGAAGGAUGCCAUUUGGCCCAUUGUGCCUGCAUUGGCUCUCAUAUCUCCUGCAUUUUCCCCAUAUUGCUGCACUCCUUCACUAUCCAAAAAUAAAACAACAAAGGAAUGAA